UCAAUUUCUAUAUGCAGCAACUAUGACAUAUUUCUGACCAGAGAUUGCUUAGCCUAUGCGAGAGUGAAGCCUGCUGUCAAUCAGAUCGAGACACAUCCUUAUUUCCAGCGAGAUUCUCUUGUUAAGUUUUGUCAGAAACACGGUGUCUGUGUUACUGCCCACACUCCUCUUGGAGGUGCCACAGCCAACACAGAAUGGUUCGGUUCAGUGUCAUGUUUGGAUGAUCCAGUUCUUAAAGGUCUUGCCAAGAAGUACAAUAAGACUGUGGCUCAGAUUGUUCUUCGCUGGGGUAUCCAACGGAAUACAGUCAUAAUACCGAAGUCAUCAAAAGUCGAGAGAUUGGAGGAGAACUUUCUGGUAUUUGAUUUCGAGCUUACUAAAGAAGACAUGGAUUUUAUCAGAACUAUUGACCGCAAUUAUCGGACCAAUCAACCUGCCAAGUUUUGGGGCAUAGACUUGUAUGCAUAAGUUGCUUGUGCAUCGAAUCUGCAAAGGCUAAUCUGCUCUUAUCUUGUAGGGAUAAAACAUGGGAGAGGCGGAUUGUCUCUCAAUCUUGCAAAGUUUGUUGUUUAAAGAAUCUGAACCUAUAGAUACAUUUGGUGAUUACGUUCAUCGAUUGUGAAUCAUGGAGAUUGUGAAUCACUCCAUGAAGGAAAAUUGAAUUUAAUUUGAUCUUUCACAUUGUGUGCCA